CUGCGUAUCCUGGAGUACCCGCACCCGCUGCUGCGCGCGCCGAACGCGGAGGUCCGCGACUUUGACGCCGGGCUGCAGAGACUGGCCAAGGAGAUGUUUUCGAUCAUGUACGCCUCGCGCGGCGUCGGGCUCGCGGCGCCUCAGCUCGGCAUCAAUCAGCGGCUGAUGGUGUUCAACCCGGAGGGGAGGAAGGAGAAGUGGCUGAGCGAGGUGGUGCUCUGCAACCCGCGCAUCGUCGACUCGGGGCCGGGCGGGCCGGUCGAGGUUGAGGGGUGCCUCUCCUUCCCGGGCUUCACGGCGGACGUCGAGCGGGCGGGCUGGAUCAAGGUCGAGUACCAGGACGCGAAGGGGAAGGUGCGGCGCAAGAAGCUGGUGGGCUGGGAGGCGCGCAUCUUCCAGCACGAGUACGACCACCUCGACGGCGUACUGUACGUCGACCGGCUCUCCGAGGCGGAGCGGAGUCGGGUGCAGCCCGAGCUCGACCAGCUCAUC